CAGAAAUUAACCUAUCAAUUUGCCUGUCAACAUGUAAUCAAAUCAAAUAUCGAAGCUUACACCGCUCUUGUCAGGAAGCCGAACAAGACAACCAUUGAGAACUCUCUUUUUAGAAAGAUCAAGGUGAGUUCUGAAGCUUUCUUUGCAAAAUUUUACUGAUUAUAUCUUUUUUCCCAAUACAGAAGUCACUCUUUCAACAAGGGCUUCCGUGGUGUAACAAACAACUUCCACCGAAGCCUAAUGGACUUACUCUCACAGCCACCACUCAGACUUUGGUAACUAUGAUCAAGGAAAAGGCAAAGCAUGCCCGAGAAAACUUACACACUGUACUAUUGACAGGUAUUAAACCUGAUCGUGGCUGUCAGGAAUGUACCAGAUCAAUACCAGACCUUCAAACUCUUGUUGGCUUGAUCAUUCAACUCGGUAAGGAGGAAAUCAAGUCAAAAUUAGAAGGUGACAUCUGGAAAGACACUGACAUGCUAUCGCGCACCCGUUUCGCCUAUCUUCGGCGUGAAUGCCUGCGACUAUACUUUCCAGAUAAAGCUACUUCCACGAUAUGGAUAGUAGUAGACAAUCAAUUGAGCUACUUACUUUCAAAAGGGCGCCCAUAUACAACUUGCUUUUAUAAUCUGAUCUAUCAACAAGACCGCAAGAAAUUCGACAGUGGAUCAGUGAUGUAUGAUGACAUCCCAAUAGCUGAACGAUCAUUCAAGCUGCCCUCAGACGACGAAGUCCAGGCUGAGAUACCUAAUUUACAAUCACACAGACCAAAUAAAAAGGCAAACAAAAAUCCAAGCAAGAAGCCAAUGAACAAAAAAUAAUGACUUUAUCUUCCAAUCUUUCAUUAUACAUAAGUUUUAUCAUUACACUAUAUUUCAAUUUUGUAUCAUUUCAUCUCUUUUUUGUAUCUUUUGAUCAAGAUUUCGUUGAUGUCAAUGUAUUUGGAUCAUUUGAAUGGCAUGAUACAAAUUAAAACAAGAGUUUCACGCC